AUGGCUACUGAAAAGCUCCAAUUUCGCAUUGCAACCCCGGACGAUGCAGAGCGAAUCCAGCAACUCGUGCAAUCUGCGUUUCGCACCGAGGACAGCAGACCAGACUGGACAGGUCAUAUUGAACUGGCCACGAACUUCCGAAUUGAUGUGCAGGAAGUACUGGACAAAAUCGUCAGCCCGGAAAACGUCGUUCUGAUAGCCCUGGAUAGCAGCAACUCCCUUGCGGCUUCUAUCGAGGUAGCCAAGCGUGGCUCUGACUAUGGUCGCCUUUCUAUGAUUGCAGUAGAUGACCGUUAUCAACGCGGCGGUGUUGGGCGCCAGGUCCUCGCCUACGCCGAAGACUACUGUCGACGUACUUGGGGUGUAGAGAAAUUCUCACUCAACGCGCUCUCAACACGCAAGGCACUCAUUGAGUGGUACAUGCGCCGUGGCUACCACAAGACUGGUGAAACUUCACCGUUUCCACGCGAGAGAUUCAGCAAUCUAGCCUUGCCUGCGGAUAUGUGCUUCGUCGAGUUGGAGAAGAACUUCUCCUAG